GUUGUCAUACCUGCGCGGUGCAAAUUAGAAAAAUAAAUCAAUAAUCUUUUCAACUGAAUGUACUGUGUUUGUCUUCAAAGAAAUUUGAAUUUUACAAAGGUUCAGUAUUACAUCAAUUGAAUCCUUAUGCGUUUGUGAAAAAGUUUAAACUAGGUUUCAAAAUGGAAGUGCAAUUCGGGCCCAAUCCGGUAGAUGAAAAGAACUUGGUAUUUAAAUUUCAACGAAAAAUUAAAGUUUUCAACACUGAAGAUCCAUUACCCAAUAGAGGCUACAAUCUAGUGGCUAGCAGCUCAAAGUAUGGGAUCGUUUUUGUAGCAUCCCCUGAUGGUUAUUUGUCGGCCUAUAGUCUUAGUGAGCUUAUUGAUAAGUCCAAAGAUGGCUUACAUCUGACUGUCAAACUCCAAGAGAAACCAACACACAUUGCCGUGAGCUGUGACAAUGAGCUUUUGGCUGUUACGGGAGGCCAGCUCUUGUGUAUUUACAAGGUCACCGACUUCCAGAACCAGAAUGUUUCACCAUCUCUGUCGCUCAGAUGUGAUGUCAGCCCCUCUACAUUUGUGUCGGCUAUGCAAUGGAACCCAUGCAUCCCUGAUUCUCUAGUGAUUGUGUUUUUCGAUGGCACAUUACUGGCUUGCCAGGCUAGCACUUCCCAAGUUAAGAAAGUGCAGUCUAAGGGAAGAUGUCUUUGCUGGAGCCCCAAAGGCAAGCAAUUUGUAACGGGCAACAGCGACGGAACCCUCACUCAAUAUAAGCCAGAUCUGACAGCCGCUAAGUCUGUGCCUGCCCCUAAGCUCUUUGAGGGCGCUCCACUAGAGGCCUUGGCUAUAUAUUGGAUCUCAACUUUCCAGUUUGCUGUGGUCUAUAAGAAUGCUACUGAUAACAGUCGACCUGCUGUAACCAUAGUAAACACCCCAAAAGCGGGUCAAGCAAUGUGCUUGAAUUAUGAAGAUGUUUGCUAUAGCACAGGGUCAAACAGGCCCUGGUAUUACUAUUUAUUGGGUCUUGCUCCUUGGAACUUAAUAUUGGCUUCGUCAUCGAAUGCAAUGGAAAUUGCAACAGUAGCGUCAGCUGACGGCGCUAGCUGGGUGCAGUGGUCUUUGUCUGAUGAAGCAAGAGCGGAACUACCACUGAUGAAUAAGAAGGAGGAGAGCUAUCCUGUAGGAGUAUGGAUUGAUACUUGUGCCAUCCACCAACUACCAUGGGGUGAAAACAGCAGUCUCCCAUACAUGCCGCUGCUGAUCGCCGUCACUCAUUCCGGCCUGCUGGCGCUCAUUAACAUCAUCAACCUGAAUAAGCAAGCGCCGCAGCUGUGCAGCCCGCCGCAGCAGCUCACGCUACCGGCGGCGGCGCUGACCGCUGACAUACCGGGAGCAGUGCAAGGACCAGCGCAGCCGCCGGCUCAGACGGUCGUGCCACAAGUCACCUUGCCCGCUCCAAAGCCGCAACCAACGCCUCAGCCGUUUCAACUGCCGCCCCAAGCUGUUCACUCGGCUCCAAGCGUGGUCGCCCAACCCAACACGACACCUAGUUUCGGUGCUAGUCUUGGUGGCUUCCAGCAGUCGGCGAUCUCACAAGCGUUUGGUGGAGGUGUAGUGCCUCAAGCCCCAAAGCCCGCAGAACCUAAACCAGUUGAAGUGAAACCUGCACCACCUCAGCCUGCGCAGACAACUCCUGUGGCACCAAAGCCCCAACCGCCGCCGGCUCAAAACGUCGUCACCCCAGAGGCAUUGGCCGCGGUCAAGGCAGAACAGGAGCGACAUCGAGCGUUCAAGGCCAAGCAGGAACUCAAGAACAUGAUAGUGAAGGAAGUCAACGAGUUCCAGAUGGAGUUGUACAAGUUUACGACGAAAAUUAAGCAGCAGCAGACUGAGAUCAUCGACGCUGCAUGCGAAGUCAACUUGAACACCACGGACGGUUUGGACGCAGAAGCGCUGCGAAAAGAAUGUUCUAUGGAGGAGCUUCGUGCCGCCAUUGUACAGCUAAAACUUGAACUGGUCCGCGCUUGCGCAGUCGUCGCUGAAGCCAGGACGCAUGCUGAAGCUAAUGAUCACCAAUGGACCCAAACAGACCCCUUAACCACAAAGCGCGUGGACAACAUAAAGAAAUUAGCUUACUACGUGCAAAAUCAAGUGGAUCGGGCAUACAAAGCUCUGGAUUACCGAUGGAACCAACAGGCUGAAAAAGAAUCGGAAAAAUCCACGCCCGGCCCGCGCAUGAUCCGACCAGUGCUAGAUGAAGUCUACCAGCCUCUAGUCAAGCAGCAGGAGAUACUGAGUCGCCAGGAGGCCAUGUUGAGAACCUUCAAGAACACCCUCAAAGAAGUCGAUACUAGUCCCAUGUUCAGAUCGACUUCGCUGUUGAGAAGCACCCCUUUUAAAAACAAGGAUCAACUAACAAAAUUAUCCAAAAACAUUCUAAACAUGAGCCUAGAGCCACAAAAAAAGACCAGUGAGCCUCUACUGAGCGCCCAAAAGCUGGACGCGCUCAGAGAUAUGCUAUCCAACCAUAAGACCGUCAAAGUUAAACCCUUCAAUGUGGAACUAAGACAGCAGCUAGCAAAUAUGAGACUGAGCUACGAAAAGGCCGCUAAAGAGAGAGAGGCACAGGAACAAGCCGAGAUAGAUGCGAUGACUGAAGAAGAGAGGCAGAAGGAAAAAGAAAGACUGCUGAAGGCCCAAGCUGUAUUGAAGGAAAGACAAGCGCAGUUGUUGAUAAAGCAGCAGGAGUUAAGGAAUAAAGCGGCGCUUAGGUUGCAGCGAAGGGAGGAGAAACACGUGUACUUUGACCCACCUGAAAAACAAGUUCAAGCGCCACCAGAUGUGAUCAAGGUUGAGCCUAAACCAGAUAAGGCCCAGGAUCCGUUCCCAAUCUCAGUGCCAUCUUUCACGCCACUCUCAAACAACGCUAAACCAGCUAUACCUGGUUUGAAUGCCGUCGCUCGAACGCUGUUUACAGAACCAGAGCCACCAAAGCCCAUAGAGGCGCCCAAACCUCUCCCACUCCAAACGCAGCCGCCCAAACCUCCCAGCUUUGCCUCGCCACAACCGCAGUCGCCAUCUGCGAACACACGCAGCGUGCUAAAAGACCUGCUGCAAAAUAAACAGGCCAAUGCUACUGCUAAGAAUGACGCCAAUACGUUCAUGGGACAGAAGAUAUGCUCGCCUACUGGCACGUUUUCUUUUGGUUCAUCCCCCAUUACAUCUGAAGCAACAUCGUCCGAACCGUCAACUUUGGCUCGUUCUUUAGAUACGCAGAACAUGUUCAGUAACUUGCAGGGCAAGCUACAAAGCUCUGCAAGUGCUCCUAACACCUCGCUUUUGUCAGAAAACAGACAACCAGAACAGAAACCGCUUGAAGCGAAAGCAGAAAUCAAACAACCCAUCAAAAUUGCUCUCAAGGUAGCCGAAAAAGCCAAAGAAAAUAUCCCAGAGAAAGUAGCUGAGAGUGUGGUGAAUGAGCCUGAUAAAAAUGAUAAGAAAGAAGAAGUCAAACCGUUCAGUCAACAAAGCUUCAAUUUUGGAUCUUCACUUACAACUACACCAAGUGUGACCACCAUAAGUGAACCCGAGAAACCUGCAGAAACCAAACCAGAGGUAAAACCGGAACCCCCUAAAGUGGAGGAAAAAGUUCCACCAACUGCCACGCCUCCUAGCUCCGUCUCAUCAAGUGCUUCAUCAUUAUUUGCGCAAGCACAUGCAACUUCUCCUACUACUGUAAAACCACAACCGCUGUUCGGAUCUGCAUUGCCUACGUCAACACAAACCGAAUCUGCUCCUACGUCGACAUCUGCUACCGAAACCUCGGCCGAUACAACUGAAAAGCCUGCCUUAGUGUCAACUGCCACAUCUGCAUCGUCUUUAUUCAGCGCCGCCGUGGCUUCAUCACCAAAGACAACCCAAUCCGGAUCAAUAUUUAACUCGUCCUCGCCAUCCUCGCCCUCAAGUGUCUUUGGGUCGAGCUCGGGCUCAAUAUUCGGCUCAGGCGCAAAUACAGCCACAAGUUCCGUCUUUGGCACCAGUACAACUCCCAGUUUAUUCAGUAGCGACGCCAAAACAGCUACAACUGCCACAUCAGCUUUUGGAGUUACAUCGACUACACAAUCUGUCUUCGCGUCGACGCCGUCCGUAUUCUCCCAAGCCACAUCGACGCCUUCGUCAGUCUUUUCAACGGCGACUACGGGGUCCCUAUUUGGCACAGCUUCGAAUCAAUCCUCCGUGUUUGGAACUUCGACGACCCCAGCCACAACUAGCGCUUUCGGUGUUGCCACAACACAGCAGUCGGUAUUUGGUGUUCCCGCGACUACAGCUCAAAGUUUAUUCGCUUCGGCGGCGUCGAACCAGACAUCCGUGUUCGGUACCCCCGCGACUACAACGCAAAGCGUGUUCGGCUCAGGGACGGCUACGACGCAAGCUUCAGUAUUUGGUGGUGGGGCGACACAGUCGGUGUUUGGAUCGUCUCCGCCGACGUCACAACCGUCGCUCUUCGGGUCCCCUUCGGGCCAAACGUCGGUGUUCGGGGCAGCGCCGACGACACAAGCGUCGGUGUUCGGGAGCCCUACGCCGACAACGCAAGCGUCGGUCUUCGGAAGUCCAACUCAAACAACACAAGCGUCGGUGUUUGGAAGCCCAACGCAGACAACGCAAGCGUCGGUGUUCGGAAGUCCAACACAAACCACCCAAGCGUCGGUAUUCGGGAGUCCUACGCAGACAACACAAGCGUCGGUGUUCGGGAGCGCUACGCCGACAACGCAAACGUUGGUGUUUGGGUCUACGCCGGCGACGACGGGCGGUUCGCUGUUCGGUGGCGCCGAAUCCAACCUGUUCGCGGCCGCUAGCAUAUCAACUACGAAUGCGCCGUCGCAAAAUACAGGAGGAAGCAUAUUUGGAGGAAGUUCUCCAGGAUCGGUUUUCGGCGGUGCUAACACAAACGUGUUCGGCGGCAAGACGCUGUUUGGCCAGAACAACCAGACAGCCGCUUCCAUCUUUGGUGGAGGAGCUGCCUUCGGCCAGAAGCAACCUCAAGCCAACAACUUCUGGUCCGGUGGCACUAGUAACACCACGUCUACCGGUUUUGGCUCUGGAUUCGGUCAACAACCGUCCACCCAAGCAUCGUCGAUCUUUGGGUCAGCCACUGGCGGUAGUUUCAGUACGCCACAGCCGGCGGCCCAGGGCUUCGGCAGCCCGCAACAAGCGCCGGCCUUCGGCUCGCCGCAGCAACAGGCCUCGCCAGCAUUCGGUGGCUCUCCAGUUUUCGGAUCAAAACCAGUGUUUGGACAAUCUACCGGUUUCGGCUCCCCAACCGCAUCGAGUGGUUUCGGCUCGUUCGGCGGGUUCAACAAGAGCCCGACCAGUGGUUUCGGCGCGCCGGCGGCUUUCGGCGGCGGCGCCACUUUCGGCGGGGCGCCGGCGUUCGGCAGCACCUCCCCUGGGAAAGUGUUUGGUGGAUCCCCUGGACCCGCAUUUGGGUCACCGACGCAGUCCAACGCUACGUUCGAGAGCCUAGCCACGCAGAACACGCUGACCUUCGGCAACCUGGCGCAGCAGUGCGGCCAGCCGCAACCCCAGGCCGCUCCCAGCUUCAACGCGUCUCCGGCAUUCACUGGAUGGCGUGGCUGAUGACAAUAUUUCAAGGAGCGAGCCAUGAAAAUGAAGCAAAGCAAUAAUCAUUGAAUGACUACAUAACAUGGGGCUCAGUUGUGACAUUACAGUGCAGUGACAUUGAAUUUUAACCAUUGACAGUGGAAAUACUCUUGACUUACAUAACGUGUUAAAUUAUAUUCCAUAUUAUACAUAAUUAUACUCUCAAUCAAAUAAUUACUACAGAAUAUUUAUGUAACCACAUUUAGAAUUCAUGUAACCGAAACUAGAACAUUAUUGUUAACAUGUAAACCAAUUUACUGUUUCAUGAUCUAUAAAAUAAAUUGAAUUGCUUAGCGA